AUGCAAGAAUCCGGCGCUCUGUGCCAUGUUCAAACACCGUGCCUGCCAAGUAAUCCUCCUUCCUUCCGUCACCCCUCCUGCUCGGACUCACGUCCACCCCACCCCACCACCACUCCAUACCCCCCGCCCCCUUGCCCCGCCCAACCCCUCAACCGGCACGUUGCCACCCCAACCACCACCACCACCGCCACCGCCAUCGCCGUGUCGUUGCCUCUGCAGAACGAUCGAUGCGCAGAACGAAAAAUCUGCGACCGGCGCCACCGCCAACGCCGUCACCACCCCACCGCCGCCGCCUCCGAAAUAGACGCCGACGCCUUGGCCCAAGAUAGCGCCGACGCAACGCCGAGCCGUUCAUGCCCCUUUAGUAGGCCCGCGGGAACUUCCGAAAACGACGCGAAAAAAGGUUGGAGGCAAUGGUAUUCAUUCAUAGCGAGUCUUAACACAGCAGUCUUUGAGAUCCGGGAAUCGGGCAAGGUUGAUUCUGGACCCGAGGCAAAUUGUUUCGGCAAAGAAGUACACGCAGAUUAUGAUACCUGGUACAACGCCUCGGUCGAGUUCCUCUGGAGCACAGCAAAGAUGCAGCGCGUUGAGGUUUGGCCCAGUGCGUGGCGGGGGGCGGAGCCGGGCAGCGCGGGGCGGCUUCCGGCGCGGGCUGCACGCGUCGAGCCAAGUGGGGCGGCUUAUGGAGUGGGGCAGGAGGCGGUGGUUAUGGUGGAGGCGGACGCGGGCUGCGUGCCGUCCACCAAGGCGGAGCUGCUGGAGCUGUACGCGCGCGAGGCGGCGUUCGUCUUCCACCGCUGGCUGUGCCCUCACUGCCAGCGCUUCCCGGGACUGCUGCGCUGGCUGCGCGUCAGCGCCGGCGCCCCCCUCUCGCCCCCGCCCCCGCCGCGGGCGACGCCCUCGCGUCGCGCCCGCCUUCCGCCGCCAGCGGCCGCCGCGCCCGCUCGACGCCACCGCGCCCGGUGCACGGACGCAGUGACGCCCUCUGUCUUGGCGGCGCGGCGCGCAGCCCGCCCUACCACCGCUGGAAGCCCAAUCUUCGUGGGCAACCGCCGCCGACCCGCUGUACAGCGAGGCGCUCACGACAAGAUGACGCAGGCGGCGGAGAUGUGCCUGCGCGGCUACCGCUUCGUGGUGCUGGACGGCGCCUUCCUGGUGCACGUGCCGGGCGUGAAGCGGCGCGAGGCGCCGUCGGAGCUCAAGGCGCGCGCGGCGCACGAGCGCGCCAACGCGCAGGCGUACGCGCGCAUCGCCCGCCGCCUGGCGCAGCGCUACCCGCCUGCGCCGCGGGCGUCGCUGCUACGCGUCUGA